AAAAAUAAAGUCACGUGAUUGAAACGGCGCGAAAGAAGCACAUUGUCAACAAAGCAGGGAGGGAAAAACUGAGUAAAGGAGAAGGAAAUAUGGCAACUGAUAUUGAUCAGCGCUUGAUUGAUAUCCAGAGAGAGUAUGUAGAUUUCCUAGAUGAUGGGGAGGAUCAAGGUAUAUAUCAACAGAAGGUCAGAGACAUGAUUACAGAUGACAAGUGCCGUCUCGUUGUUAACAUCAAUGAUCUUCGCAAGAAAAAUCCCAAACGAGCUCAAAGCUUGUUAAAUGAAGCUUUCGAAGAGCUGGUGGCAUUCCAGAAAGCCCUGAAAGAAUUUGUAGCCUCCGCAGACCCUGUGUACAGCAAACAACAUGAGGAAUUCUUCAUCGGGUUUGAGGGCAGCUUUGGUGCCAAACAUGUCUCACCUCGAACUCUAACAUCCAGUUACCUAGGCAACAUGGUAUGCUUGGAAGGAAUUGUCACCAAAUGUUCACUAAUUCGACCUAAGGUGGUGAGAAGCGUCCACUUCUGUCCAGUGACCAAGAAGACCAUGGAGAGGCGGUACACAGACAUGACGUCUCUGGAUGCCUUUCCCAGCGCUGCAGCUUACCCUACAAAGGAUGAGGAGGGGAACCUGCUGGAGACGGAGUACGGACUGUCCGUGUACAAGGACCAUCAGACCUUCAGUAUCCAGGAAAUGCCGGAGAAGGCUCCUGCCGGACAGCUCCCCCGCUCUGUGGACAUUGUUGCCGACAACGACCUCGUGGACGCCUGCAAGCCUGGAGACAGAGUGCAGGUGAUUGGAAUGUACAGGUGUAUGCCAGGUAAAAAGAAUGGAUUCACUACAGGUACAUUCAGAACAAUACUAAUAGCCAGCAACAUUCAACUCUUGAGCAAAGAAGUCACACCCUCCUUUUCAGCAGAGGAUGUUGCCAAAAUCAAAAAGUUUGGCAAACAGAAAAACGUUGAUGUGUUUGAUGUUUUGGGACGAUCCCUAGCCCCAUCUAUUCAUGGCCAUGAGUACAUUAAGAAAGCUGUUCUUUGCAUGUUGUUAGGAGGCACAGAGAAGGUUCUGGCCAAUGGCUCCAGGAUAAGAGGUGACAUCAAUGUGCUCCUUAUUGGGGACCCAUCUGUUGCCAAGUCUCAGAUGCUGCGCUAUGUUCUCCACACUGCACCACGAGCUGUUCCCACUACAGGGCGUGGAUCUUCAGGGGUGGGUCUGACUGCUGCAGUUACCACAGACCAGGAGACUGGUGAGAGACGGUUAGAGGCAGGUGCCAUGGUGCUAGCUGACCGAGGCGUGGUCUGUAUUGACGAGUUUGACAAAAUGUCUGACAUUGAUCGCACAGCCAUACACGAGGUGAUGGAACAGGGGCGUGUCACAAUCGCUAAGGCUGGGAUCCACGCCAAGCUGAAUGCUAGGUGUAGUGUCCUGGCCGCAGCCAAUCCUGUCUAUGGGAGGUAUGACCAGUACAAGACGCCAAUGGAGAACAUUGGAUUACAAGACUCUCUCCUGUCUCGUUUUGAUCUUCUCUUCAUCGUUCUGGACAAGAUGGACCCAGAACAUGACCGCAUGGUAUCUGACCAUGUGCUGAGGAUGCAUCAAUACCGGGCCCCAGGAGAGCAGGACGGGGAAGUUCUACCUUUUGGGAGCAAUGUGGAGAUCCUGGCUACAUCAGACCCAAAUGAAGAGCGAGAAGACACAGAAACUCAGAUCUACGAAAAACACAACAAGACUUUACAUGGUCCUAACAGAGGCAAAAAUUUUAAGAUAGUCAGCAUGCAGUUCAUGAGGAAAUAUAUCCAUGUGGCGAAGGCGCUGAAGCCGAGCCUGACCAGAGAAGCUGCGGAGUACAUAGCAGAGGAGUACGCCAAGCUACGCAGUCAGGACAACAUGCAAAAUGACAACAUUGCAAGGACAACACCUGUUACAGCCCGUACCUUGGAGACCAUGAUCCGUCUCUCCACAGCCCAUGCAAAAUGUCGACUCUCAAAGUCUGUCGACAUGGAGGAUGCCCAAGCAGCCAUUGAACUCAUCCAGUUUGCAUACUUCAAAAAGGUCUUGGAGAAGAAGAAAAAGAGACGACAUAAUUCAGAGGGAGACACAGAAGGAGAGAGUAGUCAAGAUGAGGCCCAAGAUGAGCCAGAUGGAGAAGUUCCCAAGAGGAAGAAACAAAAGAGAACUGCCGCAGAGAAGCGAGUGUCAAGGAAGGAAGGAGAGGAUGGGUAUGAUCCGUACGACUUUGACGAGAGCGAGGCUACGGCCAGUGAAGAUGAGUCUCAACCAAAGAGACAGUCCAGACAAAAGAAAGGAAAAGCUUCUACCCAGGAGUCAAUGGACACGGAUUCCCCUGCACCCAAGACAGGAGUAGCUAUUGAUGAAACAAAGAUGAAAAACUUCAGAACAUCGCUGUUUAAUCUCUUCAAGUCGGAGCAUGCCCAAUCAGUUUCACUUGACAAAGUCAAAGGUCAAAUCUCUAAAGACUAUGGAGAUCAGUACUCCGAGGAUGAAGUAUUUGAAGCCAUCAACAAAAUGAUGGAGGCCAACCAAGUGAUGCUGGCAGAUGAUGUUGUAUUCUUAAUCUGAUCCAAGUGUUGUCGAGAACAGGAUGAUCAAAUAUUGUACUCUCUGGACUUGCACUGUGCCACCAAACAUCUGACUGCAUAUUGAGAACUUAUUCAAGUGGACUUUCUGACAAUAAACUAUGAUUUAAACAGUAUGUAAAUUUGAUUACAGAUACAAACUCAAAAUGCAUUAUUUGGUGUUGAGCUGGAAGUCGGAACUUUGGAUGGGAUUACAAAAUCUUGCUGUACAAAAUAAAUGCUCGGUUUGUAAUAUUUAUAGCAGAUUAACUAAUGUCCUUCAUUUGUAUAAAAGAUAUAAAUUAUUAAAGAAAAAUUUUCAUGUA